UUUGUAAUAUGUCUCGUGACAGAACCCUUUACUAAACCGCCUGAGUCUCGGAGUACGCACUCUGAAUAUAAAGAUUGUUCUGCCUCUAGAGGUUUUAUCAAAUCGUAACUAGACGCGGUUAAAAUUUCGAUGUUUUGAAAAAUGAUGACUAUGAACUUGGGCAUGUACAACAACAGUGGUGGGAUUUAUUCUGGAGAAUACGCGAUGGGAUACGGAGUUAAUGCUGCAGACGAUUCUCAUGGAUCUCAAUUUCACGGGUUUGAAGAUCACGGUUCAACAGAGCAUUUCGGGAGAGCAGGGAAUUCCCCGGCAAGAGGUUACAACUCUGGAUUUUAUUCUGUCGAAGGAUAUCAAGAAUAUCAAGAUAUGUGCCAAAGAGAGUGUCAAAAGAUCCCACACGAAGACGGGUUCUAUCACUUGGGACAUUCUCAUCAAGUGGAAUCUUUCAACAUCAUAACUUCUAACGGCCUCAGCUACACCGACCUGGAUUGCGGCAAUCCGAACUAUCAGAAGACUGAACCGAACUUUGAGCGACUUCAGUACCCUCAGAAGCAUCAAGAGGAGGUUCAGCUACAGCAGGAUCUUCUUCAUCAUCACCACCACCAUCACCACGAGGAGGGCUACGUUCUACACAACCACAACAACGCCUACCACCAGGUACCAGGGACUUUGUCAGACGGGAGUCAACACUUUCACCAGGAGACUUCACUACCUCACUUUCCUUCGGUCAAAGAGGAGGUUGUUCCCCACGGGAUGCCGACCCUUGACUACGACCAGAGGCAUCGUCCAUCGCCCCAGCAAGUUGUACCUACCUACAAGUGGAUGCAGGUCAAGAGAAACGUUCCCAAACCUCAAGGCCACUGGAGCCUUCAGGAGCAGUCCUUGGAUACUCUAGAUGUCGCUCGUGUGCUGCUACCUCUGGACAUAUUUAUCAGAUCUGAAGCCCUCAAGGCAGUUUACCGUCUGAGGGUUGCAAAUCUCUGGAGGGACGGCCUGUCUGGGGCAGGCCACUGCACCAUUGCCAAGAAUUUGGCUGCGUGUCCUGUACUUGACAUGACCUCGUGCUUCCUAAGCACAGAAACAGUGUUCACCAAACCCUUCUCCAAAAUACGGAGAGCUUAG